CACAUGUUUUGUUUGAAACCCGAAGAAUCGACAUGGAAUAGAUACAAAGUCAGAAGUCAGAACAAGAAGUUCUUUCUGCACUAAUGUUAACAUUCUCACCUCUUUCUUCAUAUACUUCUCUUUCAAUCUCUUCUUCUUCUUCUUCUUCCCAAGUAAUAGUAGUAGCAGCAGAACAAGACUAUCAACAACAAAAACCACAACUACGAAGCUCACAACUUGUUGCAUUGGAAUAUGCUGACCUCAAUCUCUCUUACAACUUGAAUUUGGGUCAUGGCAGAAUCAGGCAACAUGUCAAUCCUUCUUCUUUCUCUAGUCCUGCACAAGUACCAGACUGGAAUCAGGUCUUUGCAGACCCUGCUUUGCCACUCAUGGUAGAUAUUGGAUGUGGCAGCGGCAGGUUUCUUAUGUGGCUUGCAAAAAGAACACCUAAAGUGAGAAAUCAUUUGGGAUUGGAAAUACGGCAAAAGAUGGUCAAGCGUGCUGAGUUAUGGGUAAAAGAUCUGGCUCUGGAUAACAUACAUUUCUUGUUUGCAAAUGUCUCGAUUUCUUUCAAGCAGUUGGUAGAAUCAUAUCCUGGUCCCUUGCAGUUAGUUUCGAUUUCGUGUCCAGACCCUCAUUUAAAGAAAAAAUAUCAUAAAAGAAGAGUUUUGCAAAAGCCUUUGGUUGGCACUAUUGUAGAUAAUUUAUCUCCAGGGGGACAGGUGUUUGUACAAUCUGAUGCACUCGAAGUGGCACUUGACAUGAAAAACCAGUUAGGUGAAGUUGAUGCACUUAGUCACAUAGAUGCUUUGAACUCUGAUAUAUUGUGUGACAGUGAAGGAUGGUUAUUAAGCAACCCUAUGGGGAUUCGGACUGAGAGAGAGAUUCAUGCCGAAUUUGAAGGAGUGAAAAUCUAUCGAAGGUUGUACGAGAAGAAGCAGAUGUGAUUGCUUUGUCAAAGUUCGAGUUAAGCUGACCUCACACUUCAAAUUUCAAAUCUUAGAUUUUGAAAUAAUUAUUUAGUUCUUUGUAACUUAAGAAAGAAUAAAACUUAUAAAUUUGUUUGUGUUAUUGAAAAGUUAAGAUCGAUGGGUUCAUGGAAAAGAUUAUGCAUAUAACUAUUUGAAUUUUUUCUUAUUUACACAAGAGCUUGUUAAAAUGGUUAGUGGGCUAAGGUGUUGAGCUUUGUAAUCUGAUAUUCUGAUUAUUCA